UCUCAAAGAAGUAUUAGCUGGUAGUCGCCUGGUCAGAAUCCAACAACGCUCUUUUCUAAACUUCCAGAUAUUUCCAUAACAAUAAUUUCAUAAACUUGGCUCAUGGCUCUACAAUGACGGAUACAGAUUUGAAAAUCGACCCGCAAAGAGCCGCUGCUCUAGUAUCGCAGAUCAAAACCGUGCGUGAGCGAAUCGCUGCUGUGGCCAACGGCCGCGAUGUCCGCCUAGUCGCUGUCUCAAAGUUGAAGCCAGCCAACGACAUCCUCGCAUUGCUGCAGCAGGCUUCACCGCCGCAGCUUCACUUCGGCGAGAACUAUGCCCAGGAGCUGAGCCAGAAGGCCGAGCUGCUGCCACGCAGUAUACAGUGGCAUUUCAUCGGCGGCCUACAGUCUGGCCACUGCAAAUCCCUCGCCAAAAUCCCCAACCUCUUCAGCGUCUCGAGCAUCGACACCGAGAAGAAAGCUCAACUCCUAGACAGAUACCGCGGCGAAUACCUCUCGUCCCUCUCUUCAUCCUCCUCCUCCACCACUAUCACAUCCCCUUCUUCCCCCCUCCCCGGCAAAAUCAACAUCCACAUCCAAGUCAACACCUCAGGCGAACCCAGCAAAUCCGGCUGCGCCCCCGGCGCCGCCACACUAUCCCUCUGCCGGACCGUCGCCGCCCUCCCCAACCUGCAUCUGCUAGGCCUAAUGACGAUCGGCGCGAUAGCGCGCAGCGUCGCCACGACCCCCGAGACGGAAAACGAGGACUUUUUGUGCCUGCGCGAGCAGCGCGACUUAGUCGCCGCCGAGCUGGGAUUGGCGCCUGAGGAGCUGGAGCUGAGCAUGGGUAUGAGCGAGGACUAUGAAGGGGCUAUUGUUGCGGGGAGUAGUGAGGUGCGUGUUGGGAGUACGUUGUUUGGUGCGCGGGGACCGAAGAGCGAGGCUAAGAUUAAGGUGUAACUUACAGUAUCUGCCUUGACAUGUGGUAGUGGUAUGUAGGUAUAGACAGACCCCUAGCCUAAACGUAUAUCUAGCAUAGGAUACAGUCAGGGGGCGUUUACGAGGACUAACCUAUCUCACAAAAUUCACGAAGAAUAAAAUAACACAU